UCCUGAGCUGUGGGACUUUGGCCCUCGGCUGCCACCGCUCCUGCCCGACCCCCGGACUCCUUCCCCCUCGGAGGGUUCUCUGAGCCCCCUGCAUCUGCUUGCGGCCCGCUGCCCAGCGCUGCCCUCCCCAGACCAUGUGGCAACUAUUGUGCCAAUGCCCGCUUCUCCUCCCGCCCUUCUCGCAAGCGACCAAGGGGGCAGCCGGGUGGGGCGCGCACCUGGCCCUCUGGAUCCUGGGCUUCGCCUCGGCCGUGGUGCGGAUGGAGAGCCAGGCCUACUCGCCCACCGUCAACACUCACUACGGGAAGCUCCGCGGGGUGCGCGUGCCCCUGCCCAGCGAGAUCCUGGGGCCGGUGGACCAGUACCUGGGGGUGCCCUACGCCGCACCUCCCAUCGGGGACAAGCGCUUCCUGCCUCCCGAGCCUCCGCAGUCCUGGUCGGGCAUCCGGAAUGCCACCCACUUCCCCCCGGUGUGCCCGCAGAACAUCCACACCGCCGUGCCCGAGAUUAUGCUCCCCAUCUGGUUCACCUCCAACCUGGACAUUGUGGCCACCUACAUCCAGGACCCCAACGAGGACUGUCUAUACCUCAACAUCUACAUCCCCACCGAGGAUGACAUCCGGGACAGCGGGGCCAAGCCGGUGAUGGUCUACAUCCAUGGGGGCUCCUACAUGGAAGGCACGGGGAACAUGAUCGACGGCAGCGUGCUGGCCAGCUACGGCAAUGUCAUCGUCAUCACUCUCAACUACCGCGUGGGAGUCCUGGGGUUCCUGAGCACCGGCGACCAGGCGGCCAAAGGCAACUAUGGGCUCUUGGACCAGAUCCAGGCUUUGCGCUGGAUCAGCGAGAACAUCGCCUUCUUUGGCGGCGACCCCCUGCGCAUCACCGUCUUCGGGUCGGGCAUCGGGGCCUCCUGCGUCAGCCUGCUCACCCUGUCGCACCACUCCGAAGGUCUCUUCCAGCGAGCCAUCAUCCAGAGCGGCUCGGCUCUCUCCAGUUGGGCCGUCAACUACCAGCCGGUGAAGUACACCAGCUUGCUGGCUGACAAAGUAGGCUGCAACGUACUGGACACGGUGGACAUGGUUGACUGCCUGAGGCAGAAGACAGCCAAGGAACUGGUGGAGCAGGACAUCCAGCCGGCCCGCUACCACGUGGCCUUUGGGCCGGUCAUCGAUGGGGACGUCAUCCCGGACGACCCCGAGAUCCUGAUGGAGCAGGGGGAGUUUCUCAACUACGACAUCAUGCUUGGCGUCAACCAGGGGGAGGGGCUGAAGUUCGUGGAGGGGGUCGUGGACCCCGAGGACGGCGUUUCCGGCAGCGAUUUUGAUUACUCCGUCUCCAAUUUUGUGGACAACCUCUACGGCUACCCGGAGGGCAAAGACACCCUGCGCGAGACCAUCAAGUUCAUGUACACAGACUGGGCCGACCGGGACAAUCCGGAAACGCGGCGCAAGACCCUGGUGGCCCUCUUCACUGACCACCAGUGGGUCGAGCCAUCGGUGGUGACCGCUGACCUUCACGCCCGCUAUGGGUCCCCCACCUAUUUCUACGCUUUUUAUCACCACUGCCAGAGCCUCAUGAAGCCACCCUGGUCGGAUGCGGCCCACGGAGACGAGGUGCCUUACGUCUUUGGGAUCCCCAUGAUUGGCCCCACCGACCUCUUCCCCUGCAACUUCUCCAAGAACGACGUCAUGCUCAGCGCCGUCGUGAUGACCUACUGGACCAACUUUGCCAAGACUGGGGACCCUAACAAGCCAGUGCCCCAGGACACCAAGUUCAUCCACACCAAGGCCAACCGGUUUGAGGAAGUGGCCUGGUCGAAGUACAACCCCCGGGACCAGCUCUACCUGCACAUCGGCCUGAAGCCUCGAGUGCGCGACCACUACCGGGCCACCAAGGUUGCCUUUUGGAAGCACCUGGUGCCCCAUCUGUACAACCUGCACGACAUGUUUCACUACACCUCCACCACCACGAAGGUGCCGCCCCCCGAUACCACCCAGAAUUCCCACAUGGCGCGCCGUCCCAACGGGAAGGCCUGGAGCACCAAGCGGCCAGCCAUUUCCACCGCCUACACCAGCGAGGGCUCGCAGGAGAAGUGGAACCCCGAGCAGGACGGGGCAGGCACGCUCCUGGUGGAGAACCCCCGGGAUUACUCCACCGAGCUGAGCGUCACGAUUGCCGUGGGGGCCUCCCUCCUCUUCCUCAACGUCCUGGCCUUCGCGGCGCUCUACUACCGGAAGGACAAGCGGAGGCAAGACACCCACCGCCAGCCCAGCCCGCAGCACGCCCCCGCCACCAACGACAUCGGGCACACCCCGGAAGAGGAGAUUCCCUCCCUGCAGAGCAACCAGUCCCACCUGGGGGACUGCGAGGCCGUGCCGACCCACGAUGCCCUCCGCCUCACCGCCUUGCCCGACUACACGCUCACGUUGCGCCGCUCCCCCGACGACAUUCCCCUCAUGACGCCCAACACCAUCACCAUGAUCCCCAACUCCCUGGUGGGGCUGCAAACCCUGCACCCUUACAACACCUUUGCUGCCAGCUUUAGCAGUACGGGGCUCCCUCACUCACACUCCACCACCCGGGUAUAGCCGCCAUGCACACGCUCCACCUCACUGGACCUUGGGCUUACGGGGUCAGGCGUGGCCGCUCUCUCGGCUCGUAGUAUCAAGCGCUUUGCUCUCCUCGUCUCCAGAGCAGCUGAGGCUUCGGGGAGUCCGGCAGAGAAGGCGAGACCCCCACCCCACCCCCACCUGGGCUGUCCCCAGUAAACCCUUUCUGCUCCCAGGUCCAGCUGGCACUGCCAAGGAAGCCCAGGACAGGCCCUCGCCUUCUGGAACACCCGCGGGGGACUCCACCUGGGCACCUCCUAGUGGGCCCUUGGAGCAAAGCUUUGCCCGUCUCUCUCUCUCUUUCUCUCUCUCUCUCUCUAUACCAACCUAGAGCCACCCAGAACGGCUCCCACAAGCUUAGAUGCCACCUUGUGGCGGGAGAUGGUUUCGCACUUCUCGGAGCUCUUGGACGGCUGCCAUUUGGCAGUGGGUGGGGGGUGUUUCUCGACCCCGUAGCGGAUCCUGAAUCCCCUGCCUGGCCUUGAUGCUGGGCCUGGUAAGGUACUGCCUGGUACCCUGGCUCCAUAUCACACUUUCCAUGUCGCGGAGAUCCUGUCUGUCUGUCUGUUUCUUUCCAAAAGACGUUUUUUAAAGCAGAUCUUUAGUUCUUUAAGCACUAACGGAGGCACCGUGUUUCGUCCUUUGUAAAGAUUUUAAACUAAGUGUUCUUGAUACAGCCAAUUAGAUACACACGUCACCCAGGCGAGCACAUCCAUCCCCCCCCCUUCCUCCUCCUC